AUGCUGUUGAGGUCCACAACUUUGUGGUGGUCGGCUCGUCCUCAAGGUUGCUUCUCAUUUUCUGUCUGCACUGUUGCCGAGGGUGUUGUCUGUGGAAAAAAAGUGCCAGUUGAUACCAGCUCCCCCAUCAUGGUUCCAGUUGACACCACUACACUCAGAUGCUUCAUGAAUGUCAUCGGAGAAACCAUUGGUGAGCAUUGCCCUAUCAAAAUGUCAAACUCAACCCCAUUCAUGCUGAUCCUCCCCUUCUCCAUCCAGUUGACGACUGUUGAGGUUUUGUAA